GUGAACGCGCGGCGCUAGCUGACAAAAUCGACAAAAUGGCGUGAGUCUAGUUUAGGUUAUAUAAAAAAAAAAAAAAAAAAAAAAAUGCCAACUAACUCAAUCAUAUAAAAAUAUUAAUACAUCAUACAGUUCUUUUUUUUACGUUUUUGCGUUUAUAAAUAAACGCAUUAAGUUUAAUCAGUGAUUAAUAAUGUGUUUUCAAUUCAAAUGGAAGUGAAACAAUACAAUGAGUUUGUUCAAAGUAUUGUUUUCGACUGUUUUAGUCUUUUAUUCACUCCUCAGCAUUUGUACAACUCAUUUAUUAAUAAAUGUUAAAAAUCAGGGUGGCGAUAUUUUGUUAGAAACUAUUUCGUCCAAUGUGACUGAUGACACAAUAACUUUAGAAUUUCAACGAUCAGACGGAACUUUAGUGACUCAAUUAAUAGAUUUCCGAAAUGAAGUUCAGGUGAUAAAGGCAUUAGUGCUGGGCGAAGAGGAACGAGGACAAAAUCAAUUUCAAGUUAUGUGUUUUGUAAAUCAUUUUUACAAAUCAGAUUUUAUUUCCUCCGAUGCAAUAUCAAAAUUGCGACAAAAAAAUCCGGGCACUAUUCGCGUUGCCGAGGAAGAUAAGGGACAUUCUAAUUAUACAAUGAAUUUGUUUCUCGAUGUUUUACAAUCAAAAGUCAUUUCAAAACAUGUCGGUGUACUUUGCGCUGACGCUCAAGAUUCCACGUAUACACGCAACGAAGAUCUCAAACAAUGGAUUCAAAGACCAGGAACGUCCGAAGUUGCCUUGACAUCUGCAGUGCGAAGUUUUUCCUCAACACGUUCGGAAACAAAUGAUAUUAAAUCAUAUUUAAUAUCAAAAUGUUCCGACACAUCGAAUUUAUGGGCGCCUUGUACAUGCUCCUUGGAACUUUGCAUUGGUUGGUAUCCCUGUGGACUGAAAUUUUGCAAAGGAAAAGGUGAGGGUAAAAAAGCAAGUAGUUUAUAUCGUUGCGGUAUUAAAACAUGUAAAAAAUGUUUUAUUUUCUCCUAUUACUCGAAAUUAAAACAAAAUUGCCUCUGGGAUGAAUGACACAUGCGUGCUUCCUAAAUUUUCGAAUUUAUAACUUUUUUAUAAUAAUUAUUGAUUAUUGUUAUUAUAAUAAUAAUAAUAAUAUGAGUGUCAUAAUCGACGAAUUUUUUUUCCGAUUUAGACAAAAAUGAGAAAUGAAAUUUGAAAAAAUGCCUUUUUGAAAUAAUCCAAAAAAUAAUUGGAUAAUCAGAGCUUUUAGAAAAAAAAAAUUUCUUAAUUUCUUGAAGAUUUUUUUUUCAUUUAAAAAUAAUUAUUAUUAUUCUUGCUCUCUAAUUUUUCUUUCAAGAAUUUUGAGAAAAAUCAUUUUAUAAACAAUUUUUUACAUCGACUUUAAUGGAACUUUGUUCUAUUUUUUAUAUUUCUACUUUUGAUUGUAUUCAAACAUUCCUUAUUGCAUUUUGUUAAAACAUUCCACAAUUUGUUUCGAUUUCAAUAUUAUUUUCUCAAAGAAAAUCCGUUUUUUAAAUACAAAAAACAAGCGUGUUUUUGAAUUUAUAAAAUCUCGUCACGCUGUGUUUAAUGUUUGUGCCAUUUUAUCCUAGUUUAUAGUAAUAUUUGACCCCGUUUUUUUCUGCUGUAUUUCAAAAUUUGGAUUUUCUUUAUUUUCCUGUUUUUCUUUUGUUUUCUUAAAAACGUGAGAAUUUAUUGAAAAAUCAGUCGACAAUAUUUCAUUAGGAUUGAAAAUAUUAUAAAGAUGAAUGUUUAAAUCAGAUUUUUUUCAAUGAUAAGACUGCCGUUAUUUCUGUCCAGAAAAGAGCGUAAUUAUAAUUCCAAUUUUUGUUUUCAUUUAAAAAUUUUAGUUUUCUUCUGUAAUUUCAAUUAUAGAGGAUAGAAUUAACCAAAAAAAAAAAAAAUGAAAACGAGUCAAUACGUGUUAUCUAGUUAAGAGUUUAGAAAAAUAGAA